AUGAAGGCCAUUAUUCUCGUCGGCGGCUUCGGCACUCGUCUUCGCCCUCUGACCCUCACCCUCCCCAAGCCCCUGGUCGAGUUCGCGAACAAGCCCAUGAUUGAGCACCAGAUCGAGGCCCUUGCUGCUGCUGGCGUCACCGAUGUUGUCCUCGCUGUCAACUACCGCCCUGAGGUUAUGGAGAAGCACUUGGCAGAGUACGAGAAGAGGUUCGGCUUGAACAUCACUUUCUCUGUCGAGACCGAGCCCCUUGAUACCGCUGGUCCCUUGAAGCUGGCCGAGAGCAUUCUUGCCAAGGAUGAUACCCCCUUCUUCGUAUUGAACUCGGAUGUCAUCUGCGACUUCCCCUUCAAGGACUUGGCCGAGUUCCACAAGAACCACGGCGAUGAGGGCACCAUUGUGGUGACCAAGGUCGAGGAGCCUAGCAAGUACGGUGUCGUUGUCCACAAGCCUAAUCACCCCACCAAGAUCGACCGCUUCGUCGAGAAGCCCGUCGAGUUUGUCGGCAACCGCAUCAACGCCGGCAUGUACAUCCUCAACACCAGUGUCCUCAAGCGCAUUGAGCUCCGCCCCACCUCGAUCGAGAAGGAGACCUUCCCCGCCAUCGUCAAGGAUGGUCAACUGCACAGCUUUGAUCUCCCCGGCUUCUGGAUGGACGUUGGUCAGCCCAAGGACUUCCUUACUGGUACCUGCUUGUACCUCACUUCCCUCACUAAGCAGGGUUCCAAGGAGCUUGCCUCCCCUUCAGAGCCUUACGUCCACGGCGGCAACGUUCUGAUUGAUCCCUCUGCCAAGAUUGGCAAGCACUGCAAGAUUGGACCCAACGUGACGGUUGGCCCCAACGUCGUCAUUGGCGAUGGCUGCCGUCUUCAGCGUUGCGUCCUGCUGCCUGGUUCCAAGGUCAAGGAUCAUGCGUGGGUUAAGAGCACCAUUGUCGGCUGGAACAGCACUGUUGGCAAGUGGGCUCGUCUUGAGAACGUUACUGUCCUUGGUGACGACGUGACGAUUGGUGACGAGAUCUACGUCAACGGUGGCAGCAUUCUCCCUCACAAGAGCAUCAAGGCCAACGUCGAUAUCCCCGCCAUCAUCAUGUAA